AUGUACUCGCUCACUUUCUUCUUCGCGAAUUUCGGCCCCAAUGCGAAGACGUUUGUGGUUCCGGCGGAGAUUUUCCCGGCGCGGCUGAGGUCGACCUGUCACGGGAUCUCGGCGGCGGCGGGGAAGGCAGGGGCGAUGGUGGGGGCGUUCGGGUUCCUGUACGCGGCGCAGUCGACGGAUCCGGAGAAGACGGAUGCCGGUUACCCGCCGGGUAUCGGGGUGAAGAACUCGCUGAUUGUGUUGGGUUGUAUUAAUUUCUUCGGGAUGUUGUUUACCCUGCUGGUGCCGGAGUCGAAGGGGAAGUCGCUGGAGGAGCUUUCCGGCGAGAACGAAGAGGACAGCAGCAGUGGGAACGAGGCUUCCGCCAAUAGGACUGUGCCGAUCUAA